UUAGAAAGAUAAAUGCGACACACACACGGGUGCACAUAUAAGGAAAUAAACCAUGAACAACGCAUCCGUAUAUUUUUUGAAUAGUGCAUUGCAUUGCAAAAAUAUAGUUAUUUAAUAAGAUACUAUCAAUACUAACUGUACUACAAAUAUACUAAGUUACAUUUCUGAUUAAUUUUUGGUUUUAACAUUGGUUUUAAUUUUUGGUUUUAACAUUGGUUUUAACAUUUACAGAAUAAUUCCAAUAAUUCAUGACUAUAUGCAGUUGUAAAUCAUCCUGAACGCAAAGAGAAUUAUAACGGUUUCAAGUGAAUUUUUGGAUUAAUUGAUUUUAUUUAAAAACCGAGUCUGCUGAAUGACAUUAACAUUUAGAUAAAGUCUUCAGGGUAAAAUAAUAUAUUUCUCACAAAAUGGAGUAAGUGAUUUUUGUUCCAGAAAUCUACAUACAGACGGACCCACGGGCACACACACACGCACGCGCGUGAGUAUAUUCACACAGUUUCUUUGUAUAAUUUGCCGUUAACACUCCAUAGUAAAGAUAUGGAGGCCUUUGCUCGAGCUCCGGAAGAAUUGCCUGAUAAGCAGCCUAUGAAUAAAACUUGGAGAAUGUGGAAACAACAGUUUGUUAUAUUUUUGAAAACUGCCAAACUAGAAGAAAAAAGCAGCGAAGCAAAGGCCAAUUUAUUGUUGAAUACAAUUGGAAAAUUGGGAAUUGAAGCAAUGCAAGAAUUUCCAGAUGUUGAUCUCGAUAAUUAUGACGCCAUAUUGCAAAAACUUGAUGAGAUUUUUGAUCCACCGAAGAGAGAGAUCGAAGAGCGUUAUAAAUUCUUUACAAGGUCCAAGAAAAAUAAUGAAUCAAUUGAAGCUUACAUUAGUGAUUUGGAAGAGAAAUCUAAAACUUGUAAUUUCGAAAAUUUAACUUCAAGUUUGAUUAGGGAUAUGAUUGUAUUGAAUAUCAAGGAUGAGAAUAUGAGGAAACUGUUCUUUGUAAAAGAAAAUUUAGACUUGAAUAAUCUAGCAUUAUUUUACAAACAAUGUGAAGUUCAAGCGGAAAAAAUUAAAGAAAUAUCAAAGAAUUCACAGCCUGAAACUUCUGAUAAUAAAAUCAAACACGUUUGCUGGAGAUGUGGAAUAACACAUGCAAUAAGAAAUUGCCCUGCGUUCAAUAUCACUUGUGAAAAAUGUAAUGAAAAGGGACAUUUCACUCAGAGAUGUGGUAAUAAAAUUCGAACCAGUAACAAUCCUUGCCAUGCAAAUCUAAAAAAAAUUAUUAACAAAACUAAGACUAUUAAUAUUAAAAGUCCACUCAAUGUAAUUAAAAAAAAAUAAGCUCAAGAAGUGAAUGGUAUUAUGAUUUAUCAGUAAUGCAUACGUUGAAUCAAUAUUAAUUGGGUUGUAUUGAUAUGUAAUUUUAAAAAAUGGAAGAUUUUUCAAUAUAUAAGGUCAAAUAUGUAGUUCGUUUUAUAUACGUUUCUUAGAAUCCGCAUAAUUUUAUUACAGAAAAAUGUAUUUAUUUACAUUAUUUUGCAUUCUAGCUUUAUCAUCCAACUCGUGUAAGAUAAUAAUAUUUACUAAAAAGUGAAAUAUUACCAGAAAAAAUGAUUUUUUGUACUGUAAGUUAUUAAAAACUAAAUCAAACGUAAUAUUCAAUGACUCGCUGUAAUAUCCAUUACAUAUAAUAAGUUAAAAUAAAAAUUAUGUAUGUCCAUUUUUGAAAAUUUCGAAAAAGUUUUAAUACUCGAAGUGGAUUUUAAGUCUAAAGAAACUCGAACUCGGCCGAGCUGUAGUUACAGCCAAGCGAGUUUGCUGAUUUUUUGUAACAAUCUACUUUUUGAUCAAAUGCUAUUACACAUUCUAUGAAAGUCACUACAUAAAAAUAUACACUUGAAAAAAUUGUGUUGAAUCAAAUUACGAUUAAUCUGAAGUAAACCGCAGUAACUGCAUAAUAGUAUGUAAAUUGAAACUUAAAACAAUGAAAGAAGUUAUAAAUAUAUAUUUGCUGUAAUAAGUUAUAAAAAUUAUUAAUCUUCAUUGAAUCAAAUUAAAUAAAAGUAUUUUCUUUUCACACGA